AUGUAUAGGAAACAACCGACGCUAACUAGCAUACCAGAACGGAACGAGAACGAGGAUGAGCAUUUAACUAACAAAUGGGUGCCGAAGAAGAAACACGAAGUUCUUAAAGCUAAGUAUAAAUGUUUGAAGAAAUUGUUCCAAAUAUACGAUGCUAGCGUUAUAGGGAUCCUGCCGGAGUCUUACGGGCCGGAGGGGUACUUAGAAGAGGAUAUAAAGUCGACCAAGAAGAGAAAGAAGCGAUCGCAUCGCACGAAAACUGACGCAUGCGCCGGGACGAACGAGGUGUCGAGCGGUGACGUCACGAUGCACACUGACACUGACAAAGAGUCCAUAGCUACGUCUGUAAUAAGAGACCUCAAGAUAACUAAAUGUUCCUGCACGUCGACGCAGAUGGAGUCCAUACUACAGAAAGACAGCAAAUACGCGGCUACCCAAGAGUCUAGGGAAAACAUGACUUUGGAAAGGGCUCUCACCAUCCCGAAUAUACCAGAACGCGAUUGUCUUGAACGUCAUGAACACCUCGAACGCCUGGAACGCCAGGAGUGCGAGUUUACCCAGACCAGCGACUCUCAUCCCCUCCCUCACCCAAUUCCUUACCUCAUGAUGAGCGAGAAACGCAAGCUCACGAGGUUCCAAUGUUUCAUCCACCGGAUUUUCGGUAUACGGCAAGAGAGACCGUAUAAAAACUAUGUAUUGCCCAACGGCCAUGUGUAUGCCGCUAGCGAUAAUAAUAUUUCCCAUAAUUUCUGCGAUAAGAGACGUCGCCGUGGCUUGAGAUUCCGAAGGUUGCGACGCCCUAAGAAGAUUCAAUCGGAAAUCGCUUUGAGAGAUGUGAAAAGUCCCUUCAUCUUGACUUAUGUCCAAUCAGUGCAGAGGAACUGUUUGAUGGACACCACGCCGCGACAAUGUCCGAUUUUGGGAUGCCGUAUGAUUUCCUAUGGAAUAAUUAACUACAACGACCACCUCAAUCUCUGUCACUUCACCGACAGAAAAUACAUCUGCCAUUACUGCCACGAAGGCUUCGAGAGAGAAUACGACAAAUACGUCCACGAGAACGAACACAUCGGCAUCUCCAAACUUGGAGACAUCGGCAUCUCCAAACUGGGUAGCACCAACAUCUCCACACCAUCCGCCACGCGACUUACCUACAAAAAAGCCAGCAACACCCAAACUGAUCCAGAAAUGACGAAAUGUGACGUCCCAGAAGACAAAUUGAAGAAGAUCGUGUCAUUUUUCGACAAGAUAUCUGAUCCGGACCAAAUUUUGACGGAAAUCAAGAAAAGUAGAUUCUCUGAAUCGAAUUUACAGCAGUCUAAGACAGCGACGCUUGAGACGACAGAGGAGUCUGAUUCUUCAGACAAGCGCACGGUGAGCUGCGUCAAUCUGCAUCGCAAGAUGGGCAAGUCCAAGAGUGCUUCGUCUGCCGAAUCUGAGGUGACUUCGAAACUCCAGUACAGCUCGCCUAUAGCAUGUCAUAUUUGUGGAGAACAAUUCAAUUACAGAAGGCAGUUAAGUCUCCACGUGGAUUUAGAGCACCGCGUGCACGACAAAUUUUCAAAAUUCCACAGCUGCGCAGGCAUCCUAAAUCGUAGAUCUCUGAAUAGAGUCGACAUGGUUUCUGAAGAUGGAAAGAUCCAAGUCCAAAGCUUGGAUAGGACUCACUCGGGGGUUCAUAGGUCUAAUUCUGAAAUUAGUCAGGACACUUAUUCAGAAGUAUCACAUAGGAGGUCGGAGGAGAGUCUUAGUUGCGACCCCUCCACAAAUAUUGUGUACUAUACUUCGAUGGAAACAGUGAAGAAGCCGUCUGUUGUGAAUAGCAUCGUUAAAAAGGUUCGAAGUGGGUUCAAUAGCUACAAAUGGGAACCGGGAACUAAAAUUAUUCGUGUGUAG